CUACAGUUAGCUGAAAAGAAGUCAAGCAUUUCCAACUUAAAAAACAAUUUGAAAGUGUUUCCUACUUUAAAACCAUAUAUUACAGAAUCUCUCUCUUUAAUCUUUAUCACACAGACACACACAUUCUCUCGCUGUAUCUCUCUUCUUCAAACCCCACCAAAAGUUUCUUACUUAGCUCUUUUUUUUUUUUUUUUUUUUUUUUUUAAGUGUGUACUGUACUUGCUUUUGGGAUUGAUCAAUUUCCAGCUACCUUUAAUCAUUCAUGAAGAAACAAACUAUUCCAUUAGCAUUGUCUAAGCUCUUUAACUUAUUCCAGAGCUUAGUCUAAAAAAAAAAGUACACAGUUUGGUUCUUCUUACCUAAUCUAUCCUUUUGGAUUCAUUAAUCUAUCCUCUCUCAUUAUUUUUGUGGUACUAUAUGUGGGUCUGCUUCUGUAAACUAAACUUAUUCUUUGGUUGUUCUUUAGCUGGUAUACUAUUACCCAUGUGAAGAUUAAGGGUAUCUUUCUUAUUCCCAGUUUACUUUCUCUUCACUUUAUCCUAUUCAUUGAGAUGGUUGGGUUCGAGCUUUGGAGAUCUUGAGAAUUGAACUUCCUGCUUCGUUUGGGAGAGAAAUGGGGGCGCUGCUGAUUCUUCUUCUUGUGGAAAUAUGUUUAACUGCCAAUGCUUUGUCAUUACAUGGAUCUGCAGAUACAGAUGAAUCAUUUCCAUGGAGAUGGCUGCUAAAACCAUCAAUAGUUCACCCUUCCAGGCUAGGCAAACAGCCAGUAGCAGUGCCAGACCAAACUGCCUCUCAUAUGCAUCCUCUCAGCUUUAGCCAGAAAAGACAUGGCAAACUGGUAGCACCACCUCUCAACAGGGCACUGCACCAUAAAUGGCCUUUGCACCACACUCCAGCUAAAGUAAUACCUUCAAGUAUAGCACUUCCACCUUCUAUGUCAUUUUCUGGAGGUCCUGCAAGGAAAUGGGUGCAGGGUCCUGUAUCUUCCCCCUCAAUCUCAUACUAUAAGCAUCAUCAUAGAAGGAGCAAGUUCAACAGCUCAGCACCACAACCAGUUUAUAAGGUUCAACCACCUACUUACAGCCAACAAGGACCUUCUGUGUUCCCAUUCCCUCCAUCAAGAAGCUGGAAUUCACCAGCUCCUGCACCUGCAUUAUCAGCGACAUCUCCCACAAGCCACUAUAAUAUGCCCACUUUUCAACCUUCAGUUUCUCCAGUGGGUUCUUCCUUCCAGACAACAAAGACUCCACCACCAUCACCGGUUUUGGCAUUACCACCUCCACCUCCUAAUGAAGAUUGUUCGUCAGUGACAUGCACAGAACCCUUAACAUAUACACCUCCUGGGUCACCCUGUGGUUGUGUUCAGCCAAUUCAAGUUAAACUUCGCCUAGGUGUUGCAAUAUACACAUUCUUUCCUUUAGUUUCAGAGCUGGCAGAGGAAAUUGCUGCCAGUGUUUCACUAAACCAUAGCCAGGUUCGCGUAAUGGGAGCAGAUGCAGAUAGCCAGCAGCUAGACAAAACUGCUGUCCUCAUUAACUUGGUACCUAAAGUAAAAUUUAAGGAAGAAACUGCAUUUGGUAUCUAUAGGAAAUUCUGGCGCGGACAGGUUUCAAUAAAGGCUCCUCUCUUUGGUGAUUAUGAAGUACUGAAUAUUCAGUUUCCAGGUCUUCCACCUUCUCCUCCUUCAGCACCUUUUAGCAUUUCGACCAUAGACAAUGGGCCACACGCUGGCAAAGAAAACCCAUUAAAACCUUUAGGAGUUGAUGUGACAAGGAGAAGAAAUGAUGGGCUAGGCAGAAGCAUGUUGGCUGUAAUUGUUCUAUCAUCUGUCACGGCCUUUAUUGUAUGUUUGGGAGUUGUUUGGCUUUUGCUGUUGAAAUAUGGACCACAUGUCCAUCAACCUGAACAUACUCCACAAGCUUUAACAUCUACCCCUGCAAAAGAAACAGGAGUAUCCAGGCUUGCAUAUUUGGGGAGCACGCAAGGUUCUAGAUCAAUGUCCUUUAGUUCCGGCACAAUGACUUAUACCGGCUCUGCUAAGACAUUUACUUUAAAUGACAUAGAGAGGGCUACUAAUAACUUUGAUGCUUCAAGAAUACUUGGGGAAGGAGGUUUUGGCCUUGUUUACAGUGGCAUUUUAGAUGAUGGAAGAGAAGUGGCUGUGAAGAUUCUAAAAAGAGAUGAUCAUCAUGGUGGGAGAGAAUUUUUGGCAGAAGUUGAGAUGCUUAGCCGUUUGCACCAUAGAAAUUUGGUUAAGCUAAUUGGUACAUGCACAGAGGAGCAAACUCACUGCCUAGUCUAUGAACUUGUACCAAAUGGGAGUGUCGAAUCUCAUUUGCAUGGUGUUGACAAAGAAACUGAUCCCCUUGAUUGGGAUGCUAGAAUGAAAAUUGCUCUUGGUGCCGCUCGAGGCUUAGCCUAUCUGCAUGAAGACUCAAAUCCACGUGUUAUACAUAGAGACUUCAAGUCCAGCAACAUCUUGUUGGAACAUGACUUUACACCAAAGGUUUCAGAUUUUGGAUUGGCUAGAACAGCAUUAGAGGAGGGAAACAGACAUAUCUCUACACAUGUUAUGGGAACUUUUGGUUACUUGGCACCAGAAUAUGCAAUGACUGGUCAUCUCCUAGUGAAAAGUGAUGUGUACAGCUACGGCGUUGUCCUUCUUGAGCUUAUAACAGGCAGAAAACCAGUAGACCUGUCUCAGCCUCCAGGUCAAGAAAAUCUUGUUGCCUGGGCUAGGCCACUGCUCACAAGCAAGGUUGGUUUAGAAACAAUAAUAGAUCCGGCCAUAAGGUCUCAAAUCUCAUCUGAUAGCUUGACUAAGGUAGCAGCAAUUGCUUCAAUGUGUGUACAACCAGAAGUAUCUCACCGUCCUUUCAUGGGUGAAGUUGUUCAGGCCUUGAAGCUGGUGUGUAACGAGAUUGAUGAAACAAAAGGUCUAGAUUCAAGAUGUUGCAGCCAAGAGGCUUUUUUGGUUGAUGCAGACAGUGAUAUUAGAGUAGUCUCAGGUGAGAUUAUGGAAGCCUCACAGUCACAUGACACACUUCCUGAGCAUGGUUCUAGGCGUGAAACAAGAAUACCAUUAUCAACAUCGGAUUUGCUGAGUGCUUCUGUGGGAGUUGAAGGCCAGGAAUUUGGAUCUUUUAGGAGAUAUUCUAGUUCAGGACCUUUGAAAACAGGUAGAAGAAAACAGUUUUGGCAGAGGUUGAAAGGUUUGUCUAGAGGCAGCACAAGUGAACAUGGAUUUUCUUUGAAAUUGUGGCCAGAAUCUCGUUAGGUAUUUGCUAAAGCCUCACAUACAAAAUUCUCUUUCAAUUCGUAUUUUCUCUCAUGUAAGUUUGGUGCAUGGAGAAAGUAGAAAGAACCUUUGUAUGAUGCAGUAAAUAUGUCUUGAGAGAAGCUUUAGGAGAUCUUUGCCUUUCAAGUCUAGGAUUUUCUGUUUUUUAGCAAAUAAUCUGCUAUGUUGCUUCUUGCCUUUUUUUAUUGGUGCCAUUUUUGUAAUAAUUGCUGUUGGGUUCAUUUGAAAUUAGUCUCUUGAUUAAGUGCAAUGCCUUUUCCCUGUUUAAAAAAAAAAAAAAAGGUAGAUAUAUUAGUUUCUCUUCUGUAGUAAAAUAUGAAACAUUUCAAAAUUGUGAGUUGUUGUGAGUAAAAUUAAACUUUGAAUCUCGUUUUAUGAUAUUAUUAAUGUAAUACUAUAUAACUAGCUAGCUUAUGCGGCCAAUCUCUAAGAUGAGUUGGUGACCAAAUUCAACCU